GCUCUAUUCUGAUCCAUCCAAAAAGUCGAAUUCGGCUCCUAAUCCUCAUUAAUACAGAAGAAAAGGUCGGGAAUUUCUGCGUGGUAGCACCAAGCUGGUUCACCCUCCAUUUCACAAUGGCGCAAGACACAACUUCUUCUCAUCCUUCUACCAAAAUGGUGGAGUACAAGGGUCUCGGCAAUGACAGGAGGAGAUGGAGAGUAUAGCUAUGCCCAAAAUUCAAAAUGGCAAGGACUAAUGGUCACCAGGGUCCUGCCCAAGUUAUUCGAAGAUAUAUAGUCCAUGAUUUUGACUGAUCGUGAUCAGGUUGUUAGAAUCGUAGAUUUGGGUUGCUCGUCCGGCCCGAACACCAUACGUAACGUGGAAGCAGUGAUCGAGCAGGUACGGGCGAGAUACAGGGAAGCAGAGGUGGAUACUAGUUCUGGCCCAGAGAUACAAGUCUACUUCCAGGACUUACCGAACAACGAUUUCAACACGCUGAUCAAAUACCAAUAUUCACAACCUCGAUCUGAUGAGGAGAAGAUCCAGAAAUAUAUGUCAGCAGCCGUUCCUGGUUCCUUCUAUGAUCGCCUCUUUCCCAAGUCCACCAUCAACAUUGCUCUCUCGACCUUCGCUCUUCACUGGCUCUCUGAGAUUCCGGCCGCAGUUCGAGAUAAGGCGUCUCCAGCUUACAACGGUGGUAACACUCAAAUAGAUCGAUCAAGCUUGGCUACGAAGGAAGCUUAUGCAGAGCAGGCAAAGAAAGAUCUCGACAGCUUCCUUGCCGCCAGGGCUCAUGAAAUUGGGCCCGGAGGAUUACUCUUCCUGGUGUUCCUGACACGCCCCGACGAACAAUCCGGAGCGAUUUUACUAGAAGAUGGUGAAGAGGAUGUUUGGGAUUCAAUGGUUCUUGAGGGUGUGGUCCCUGUAGAAUUGAGGGAUGACUUCAACACUCCAAUUUACUAUCGUGACAUGGACGAGAUAAAUACGCAGUUGGAAAGUUACGGCUCUGUCUUUGAAGUCCAAAAACGGGAUGUUCACAUGUUAUCCUUGAAAAACUUCUUGAGCUCAUUUCCGGAUCCUAGAGACGCGGCUCGAGUAGGAGUUAAUGCGCAUCGAGCAGUUUUUAUCGAAGCAAUGGACGCCUACAUUGGAGAGUCAGCGUCAAGGAUCUACUUCCAAAAGUGCGAAGAAGUCCUUGGAAAACUCUAUGCACGAAAGAGAGACAUUUGUGAACGAGACGGAUCUGACCCGGCACUCGCGCACCUCGCAGUCCUGAGUUUGCGUAGAAAAUAGAUGUUGCAUUGCUGAAAUAUUUGUUUUGUACAGCUCUACGCCGUCCGACACGUCUAUAGACUCUCUACGUCGCUCAAGUGGUAGAUGAAACCGUACCAGGACAGUUAUCUCUCGUGGAUUUUGCUAGGCGCCGUUCGGAGUGAAAUGACCUCAUCACCGGUCGAUGUGUAGAGAUAGUACCCAAUUGCGCACAAUCGCGGCUGUGCAGGGAUGAAAUAGUCCCGUGUAACACCGAACAUGUCCUGACUGAAUAUGCUAAAACCAUCAAAACAAUAUCCGCAAUUCGUCAAGCUGCACAACGACUUGACUUAUGUCUCCCAACUCCUUGGAUCGAAUAAUGGAUAGAAUAUCUCCAUACAAGUAUAGAACUUGUUGCAUUUUACUUCAAUCUUUUUAUACACAAGAAUUAUCUCAUGUACAUAAGGUAUUUAACCUAUGUGCAUAAGAUUGUCCC